AUGAGUUUGUUAGGUACUAAUUUACAUUUACAAACGCUUCAAGGAUUUAAUAAAAUCAAUGAAGAAGAAACUGAUAGUUCAGAUGAUUCAGAAGUGGAAGUUACGUCUGAAAUUGAUGAACAUGAAAACCAUAUAAUUAAUUUCAAUACUUAUUUAAAUAUACAUUCUGAUGAUGAAGAAAAAGAUGAUAAACUAAAUAAUGAUUCAAAUUCAGUUUCACUAUAA